GAAAGGAGGCAUUUCCACGUGUGCAUGUAGGGAAAGGCCAAGACUUCCGGGGUCCUCUAAUAGCGGCCAUGUUGAUCGGUGUUGAGGGGGAUUGCCCAGUUUAUGGCUCCUAAAUGCUGGGAGGGACCGCGGUGACUGAACCCCGAAGGUGGAGAGGAAUCGUCCUCGGUGCACAGAGUCGGCUCUACAGCCCCGUGACCACCCACCGCUCGCGGGCAGUGCUUCCCCAAGUAGUCCGAUGGCAGCGACUGCGCCGAGGCGCCUGGCUCAGCAGGACACUGUGACCUUUGAAGAUGUGGCUGUGAACUUUUCCCAGGAAGAAUGGAGCCUUCUUAGUGAGGUUCAGAGGUGCUUGUACCGUGAUGUGAUGCUAGAGAACCUGGCACUUAUAUCCUCCCUGGAUUGUUGGUGUGGAUCAAAAGAUAAGGAGGCACCAUCUAAGCAGAGCAUUUCUGUACAAAGAGAGUCUCAGAACACGACUCCUAGGGCAGUUGUUUCUCCUAAGAAGGCUCACCCCUGUGAAAUGUGUGGCCUCAUCUUGGGAGAUGAUUUGCACUUUGCUGACCACCAAGAAACACAUCAGAAGCAGAAGCUGAACAGGAGUGGGGCAUGUGGAAAAAACUUGGAUGACACUGCAAACCUUAAUCAGCACCAGAAGCAGCAUAUUGGAGAGAAAUUCUGCAGAAAGAGUGUCAGAGAAGCAUCGUUUGUAAAGAAACGUAAGCUCAGGGUGUCACAGGAGCCAUUUGUCUUCCAUGAGUUCGGGGAGAACGUUCUGCCCAGUUCAGGAUUAUGCCAAGAAGAAGCCUCUUAUCCUGUAGAGAAGACAGACAGUGAAACUAAGCAUGGCCCACCCUUUCAGGAGGGAAAAACUAAUUCCGGGUGUGGAAAACGCACAGAAGCCUUCAGCACCAAACACUCAGUUAUUCCACACCAGAAACUUUUCACUAGAGAUGGAUGUUAUGUAUGCAGUGAUUGUGGAAAAUCCUUUAGCAGAUAUGUCAGCUUCAGUAAACAUCAGCGAGAUCACACUGGAAAAGGACCUUAUGAGUGUGGAGAGUGUGGGAAAUCUUACAGUCAAAAGAGCAGCCUCAUUCAACAUCAGCGAGUUCACACUGGAAAGACAGCUUAUCCCUGUGGGGAGUGUGAGAAAUCUUUUAGUCAGAAGGGCAGGCUUAUUAACCAUCAGCAUGUUCACACUGGAAAAGGACCUUAUGAGUGUGGAGAAUGUGGGAAGUCUUUUGGUCAAAAGGGUAAAUUCAUUCAACAUCAGCGAGGUCACACUGGAGAGUCAGCUUAUCGCUGUGGGGAAUGUGGGAAAUCUUUUCGUCAGAAGUUCUGCUUUAUUAACCAUCAGCGUGUUCACACUGGAGAAAGGCCUUACAAGUGUGGAGAAUGUGGGAAAUCUUUUGGUCAAAAGGGCAACCUCGUUCAACAUCAGCGAGGUCACACUGGAGAAAGGCCUUAUGCGUGCAAGGAGUGUGGAAAAUUAUUUAGGUACAGAUCCCACCUCACUGAACACCAGAGACUUCACACCGGGGAAAGACCUUACAAUUGUAGGGAAUGUGGGAAAUUAUUUAACAGGAAGUAUCAUCUUCUUGUUCAUGAGAGAGUUCACACUGGAGAAAGACCAUAUGAGUGUGAGGUAUGUGGGAAAUUAUUUGGCAAUAAGAACAGCGUGACUAUACAUCAGAGGAUUCACACUGGAGAAAGGCCUUAUAAAUGCAGUGAAUGUGGGAAAUCAUUUCUUUCCAGCUCUGCACUUCAUGUUCAUAAAAGAGUUCAUUCUGGACAAAAGCCUUAUAAGUGCAGUGAAUGUGGAAAAUCCUUUGCUGAAUGUUCCAGUCUCAUUAAACACAGGAGAAUUCACACUGGAGAAAGGCCUUAUGAAUGCACCAAAUGUGGAAAAAGAUUUCAGCGAAGCUCUACCCUCCUUCAUCAUCAGAGUUCACACAGGAGAAAGGCCUUGUGAGUGCUGUCAAUGUGGAAAACUUCAGAAUACCUGCUCUCCUUGGUCUUAAGAGACUUUGCGUUGAGACCGUCUCGUUCUGUCACCCAGGCUGGAGUGUGGUGGCGCCAUCUUGGCUCACUGCAACUUGGGCCUCCUGGGUUCGUGAGAUUCUCCUACUUCAGCCUCCCGAGGAGCUGGGAUUAUGGGUACGCACCACCACGUGAGGCUAAUUUUUGUAUUUUUAGUGGAGACAGGGUUUUACCAUGUUAGCCAGGCUGGUCUCAAACUCCUGACCUCAAGUGAUCCACCCACCUUGGCCUCCCAAAGUGCUGAAAUUACAGGCAUGAGCCUCUGCACCCGACCUUCAUUCUUUUUGUAUUGCUUGGAAUAUGACAUGCUGAACCAGGCAUGGUGGCUCAUGCUUGUAAACCUGAUGCUUUGGGAGAAUGAGGUGGUUCACUCGAGGCCAGGAGUUAAGAGAUCAUCCUGGGCAACACAGCCAGACCUUCUCUACAGAAAGAAAAAAGAAUCACAUGCUAUGAAAACUGUAUAUUAUUUAUCUGUUGAAGUAUAUUUCAGUUGUUUCUUGUUUUUGUCUGUUAUAAAUGCAACUGCUACAUUUGAAUGCAGUUGUUUAUAUAAGUAUCCUUCACUAUGUUAAUACGGUGGUGUGCAGUGCCUGAGUCAAAUGAUAGAUUAAAGUACAACUCUUUUGUGAGACAGACUCGCUGCAUCACCCAGGCUGGAGUUCAGUGGCAUGAAUUUGGCUCACUGCAACCUCUGCCUUCCAAGUUCAAGUGAUUCUCCUGCCUCAGCCUCCCGAGUAGCUGGGAUUACAGGUAUGCACCACCAU